UUGGGUGGCUAGGAUCUUCUUAGAACUAGAUAUUUUCUAGUUCAAAGCGUGUCCCACGAGAUCAACGGUCCUCCUCGUCGAGCAAAUGGGCCCCACAAGUACAAACAUCGGGAUCGAGAACACUGUACAAAUCCUCGAACCGAGGAUCACAAAAUAUCGCGCGGGAACUCUCUUCCAACGCGCAAAACCUCCCUCCUAGGGUUUUUACGGUCCCGCCAUUUCCCGGCACCGGAAAACCCAGAAGCUCGCCUGAAAAUAGGCGCCUCCGGCGCCGUCCGAACAUCGUUGCCGGAGUUCUUCUUCCAUGUUCGUAUCCCGACGAUUUUUCGCUCUCUUUCACUGAUGGAAUACCGAAAGCUUGACAGCGGCGGAACUAAUGACCCUCUUGCACUGCAGCAUGUUAAUCGGAAUGCUAACAGAGAACAGUUUUCUGGAGCUAUGAGAGCUUCUUCAAUAACAGUGCCUCGUGGAAUGGAUCUGACUGAAAUGGGAUUUCAAAUGCAUUGCCUAGAGAUGGAGGCAUAUAAUGCCAUUUUAAGGGCUUUCUUUGCUCAAUCUGAUGGGCUUACUUGGGAGAGAGAAGGGUUGAUUUCCGAGCUAAGAAAAGAACUUAGGAUUUCAGAUGUUGAACAUAGAGAAUUUCUUGUGAAAGUCAAGUCAGAUGAUUCAGUCAAGAAUAUAAGUAGGGAAUGCCAUAAUGAUGUUGCCAGAAAGCAGGAACUACCAUCUAAUAUGAUGAAUGCUCCUCUCAAAAAGCUGAAAACUGCACAUAUCUCUGUUUCACCAUCUCCCAGAUGCCUACCUUGUGUUCAACCAUCAACAGCAGCCACCCCUUCUCCAUUGGCAAUGCAGUGGGGUGAUGGGGCAGCCAUCAACUCCAAUCAGGAAAAUUUUGGGCAGGGCUUGAAUUCAGUUGGUCAUAGCAGGCAGGCUCUCAGUAUGGUUAAAGGAAGAGCAUCGAUGGUGGUCCACAUGAAAAAACGUUUCUCAGAUAUGGGCAUUGAGAAUUUUAAUAGUGGAUCUAACCACAUUCAGAUUCUUGCAACAGAUAAGCUUAUUGAUGAGGUUGAGACGGUCCUUCGAGAGCAUCCUAAACCUUCUCAAGUGGAGAAGGUGAAACUAAUCCUCGGGGAGCAUGAAAAAGAACUUAGCGAAGCACUAGAGAAGGUCGGUGGUGUAUUAGACGAUGAUGAUUCUCCAGAUCACCUGCAACAGCCUUACUCCCACCAGUAUAUGCCGAGGUUUGAGCACGGAACCCAUCGCCCUGUUUUUGGGCAGGUUGACAGGGUCAAGGGCUACUUCCCCGAUGGCUUUGGUAGGGACCUUGCUGAUAGGUCUGGCAUCCCUCGCAUUGAUUUGCAAGGCAGUUAUAGCUGAAAUAGCCGUUAUGUGGGGCUGUUGGACGCUUUGAUGUGUUGGUACAUGUGACGUGUGUGGAGAGCAAUGUGUGGGGCCGCUGGCAAACGUGUCCAUGGUGAAGAGAACAGGUUGGAUUUUCUUUGAUCAACAGAAAGCUUUGGUCUCCAUGGCUGCACAGCUCGGAUCCAUGCUCUACCUUUACUGGGGCCCAUGCUCUGGCCAUAUUCUCUUAAAAGGUAUGGUUAUUUUAGGUGAUAUUUGCGAAACAUUUCUACAUAAGAAUGAACUGUGGAGUUUUGCCUAGCUUACAUGUACCUCUAGAAAUGGCCAAUGCUCUGAUCUGGCACAUGUGGGACAUCUGAUUCAUUCAUCAGGUGGCCUGCACAGUGUAGAUGACCUGGCCUCAAAAUUGGGCUACUCAACUCAUAAGGUGAGCCCCACAUGACAGCAUUGAAUGAGGACCUUUGGUAAACAUUUUGUGAAUUUUGUCCCUUGUUUACUUAAAUGUGUUGCAAUGGGUCAACUGACCUAACUUUUGCGCCAGGUGAUCUACAUGGUGGGCCGACCUGUGGCCCCCACUGGUUAUCACUUAUCAUAUGUGGUCAUGUGUAGAGGUGCAUAUAGGCAUGGUAAAGGUUGUGAUAAAGCGUCCUUGUUUUCA